AUGGCGAGCCAAGCAUCGCGCCCUCUCGACAUUGCCCUCGAGAGCUUAGAUAGUCUGGUCAAGGAGAUCAAGUCGAGAACCAUAUCCGAGGACCAGCGCAAGCGCUUCGCCCUCAAGCUUCGAGAUGUCGUGGCCGUCUGCCACCGCGAUCUCCCCCAGGAGCAUUUCGCGCUGUUUAUCGCACAGGUGCAGAAGGCCAUCAGCAACCUCAUCAUCCAUGGCAGCGACACGGCCGAGCGCCUCGGCGGCAUCUACAUCAUCGAUUCCCUCGUCGAUUUUGACGGCAUCGACGUGGCUACCAAGUACACGCGCUUCACACAGAGCCUCCGUCAGGUCCUACGAGGAAAAGACAUAAACCCCAUGCGUCCUGCUGCCGAGGUCCUGGGAAAGCUGUGUCGGCCUGGCGGGUCUAUCAUCUCCGAGCUGGUCGAGGCCGAGACCAAGAACGCGCUCGAGUGGCUGCAGUCUGAUCGCAUCGAGGAGAGAAGAUACAGCGCGGUUCUCGUCCUUCGUGAGCUCGCUAGAAAUGCGCCCACCCUGAUGUACGCCUACGUCGGCAUGGUCCUCGACCUGCUUUGGGCUGGUCUCAAGGACCAGCGCCACCUGAUCCGCGCCACGUCUGCCGAGGCCGUGAGCGCCUGCUUCCGAAUCAUGCGCGAGCGUGACCAGGAGCUUAAGCAGCUAUGGAUGGACAAGAUGUACAUGGAGGCCAUAUCCUCUCUCAAGGUCGGCUCCGUGGAGUCCAUCCACGCGUCCCUCCUGGUUCUCAAGGAACUGCUGGAGCAGGGCGGCAUGUACAUGCAGGAUCACUAUCAGGAGGCAUGCGACAUCGUGUCUCGAUUUAAGGACCAUCGAGACCCCACCAUUCGCAAGACUGUUGUGUUUUUGAUCCCCGACCUCGCCAACUAUGCGCCAUCUGAGUUCGCAACCACAAGGCUUCACACGUUUAUGUUGCACCUCUCGGGCAUGUUGAAGAAGGAAAAGGAGCGCAACGACGCUUUUCUUGCCAUUGGCAACAUUGCCAAUGCGGUCAAGAGUGCCAUCGCCCCGUAUCUCGACGGUGUGCUCAUCUACGUGCGUGAAGGACUCAGCGUCCAGUCUCGCAAACGCGGAUCCGUCGACCCCGUCUUUGACUGCAUCAGUCGGCUGGCCGUCGCUGUUGGUCAGACGUUGAGCAAAUACAUGGAAGCCCUCCUAGGGCCCAUCUUCGCCUGUGAGCUGACCCCCAAGCUGACGCAAGCCCUCGUCGAUAUGGCCUUCUACAUACUGCCGGUCAAGGCUACGAUCCAGGAGCGUCUCCUCGACAUGCUCAGCAAGGUGCUUUGCGGCCAGCCCUUCAAACCUCUGGGUGCUCCUCAGCCCAAUACCCUCCCGUCGGCCCCUGUCAUCCAGAAGGACCCCAAGGACCCCCUUGCCUAUGAGCACCGAAAGGCCGAGAUCAAGUUGGCUCUUAAUACAUUGGGUAGCUUUGACUUCUCAGGCCAUGUCUUGAACGAGUUCGUACGCGACGUAGCUAUCAAAUACGUCGAAGAUGACGACCCCGAGAUUCGAGAAGCAGCGGCCUUGACAUGUUGUCAGCUCUACGUCCGAGAUCCUAUCGUCAACCAGACGAGCUACCACGCCCUCGCCGUCGUCGGAGAGGUCAUUGAGAAGCUGCUCACGGUCGGUGUUUCUGAUCUCGACCCCAAUAUCCGCCGCACUGUUCUCGCCGCCCUCGAUGAACGGUUCGACAGGCAUCUUUCCAAGGCUGAGAAUAUCCGCACCUUGUUUUUCGCCCUCAACGACGAGCACUUCCCAAUCAGAGAAGUGGCCAUCUCUAUCAUCGGCAGGCUUGCAAGAUAUAACCCGGCUUAUGUGGCCCCGUCGCUCCGCAAGACCCUGAUACAGAUGCUGACCGAACUCGAGUUUUCUGAUGUGGCCAGGAACAAGGAGGAGAGUGCCAAGUUGCUCUCCCUGCUCGUCCAGAACGCGCAGGAGAUCAUUCAUCCCUACGUGGAUGCCAUGGUGAAGGUGCUUCUGCCCAAGGCCAGCGAUCCAGCUACUUCUGUGGCAGCUACCAUAUUGAAGGCGCUUGGUGAGCUGUGCGCUGUCGGCGGAGAAGACAUGCUCCCGUACAAGGACAGCCUGAUGCCUAUCAUCAUUGAGGCUCUUCAGGACCAAAGCUCGGCUCAGAAGAGAGAAGCUGCCCUUCAUACUCUCGGUCAGCUGGCCAGCAAUUCUGGAUAUGUGAUCGACCCAUAUCUCGAGUAUCCCCAGCUUCUGGAACUUCUCCAGAACAUCAUCCGCGGCGAGCCCCAGAACGGGGCGUUGCGCCAGGAGACUAUCAAGUUACUCGGCAUUCUGGGUGCGCUCGACCCUUACAGAUACCAACAAGUUGAAGAGCGGACGCCCGAGCUCCAGCAACGUGUCGAGUCGACGGCCAUGACAGAUGUGUCGCUGAUGAUGUCAGGAUUGACGCCUUCUAACAAAGAGUACUAUCCCACCGUCGUCAUCAACGCCCUGCUCAACAUACUCAAGGAUCAGUCCUUGGUGUCGUACCAUGCCCAAGUAAUUGAGGCUAUCAUGAAUAUCUUCCGCACCUUGGGCUUGGAGUGCGUCAAUUUCCUGGACCGCAUUAUUCCGGCCUUCCUCAUGGUGAUCCGAAGCACGAGCGGUCCACGAAGAGAGUCUUAUUUCAACCAGCUUGCCACGCUGGUGAGCAUCGUUCGACAGCACAUCCGCAAUUUCCUGCCGGAAAUUGUCGAGGUCCUCCAGGAGUUCUGGGGGGAGUCGGCUGCCUUGCAAUCCACGAUCUUGUCUCUUGUUGAGGCAAUCUCCCGGUCGCUUGAGGGAGAGUUCAAGGUCUACCUCGCUGGCCUGCUACCGCUGAUGCUGGGUGUGCUGGAGAGGGAGGUGUCGGCCAAGCGUAUUGCUUCGGAGAAGGUGUUGCAUGCUUUUCUGGUGUUUGGCUCCAGCGCAGAAGAGUACAUGCAUCUCAUCAUUCCUGUCAUCGUGCGGACAUUUGAGAAGCCUAGCAACCCGACAUUCCUACGCCGGGUGGCGAUCGAAACCAUCGGAAAGAUCUCGCGGCAGGUCAACCUGAACGACUUCGCGGCGAAGAUCAUUCAUCCUCUGACUAGGAUCCUGCAGGAGAACGACUCAACGCUUCGAACAGCAGCCAUGGAGACGCUCUGCGCGCUCAUCCAACAGCUGGGGCGCGAUUACCUGCAUUUCUCACACACCGUCGGCAAGAUCCUACGCGACAACGGUAUCCAGCACAACAAUUAUGAUCUGCUCGUCAACCGCCUUAAGGAGGGCGGUGUGCUACCGCAAGAUCUGAGUUCGGAGCCGCGCUUCGUCGACCAGGUUGAUGCUACCCCCUUUGCGGACCUGGGAACAAAGAAGCUUGAGAUGAAUGCGAUCCACCUCAAGUCGGCCUGGGACACCAGAGGCAAGUCUACUAAGGAAGACUGGCAGGAAUGGCUGCGCCGUUUCAGUACGACGCUAUUGACAGAGUCACCAAAUCAUUGCCUCCGAGCAUGUGCGCAGCUGGCGAGCGUGUACUUGCCACUGGCACGAGAGCUUUUCAACUCAGCGUUUGUUAGCUGCUGGAGUGACCUCUACGAGUCUUUCCAAGAGGAGCUCAUCUUGAACCUCGAGAACGCCAUCAAGUCCGAGAACGUGACCCCAGACCUCCUAAACCUGCUGCUCCACCUGGCAGAGUUUAUGGAGCACGACGACAAGGCGCUGCCCAUCGACAUCCGGGUUCUGGGCAGGGAGGCAGCUCGCUGCCACGCCUACGCCAAGGCUCUUCACUACAAGGAACUGGAGUUUCUCCAGGACCAGAGCAGUGGGGCCGUUGAAGCGCUCAUCGUCAUCAACAACCAGCUUCAACAGUCCGAUGCGGCUAUUGGUAUCCUUCGCAAGGCGCAGCUCUACAAGGAUGGCAUCCAGCUGCGGGAAACGUGGUUCGAAAAGCUGGAGAGAUGGGAGGAGGCUUUGGCUUUCUACGACAAGCGCGCAUCCGAGAUACCUGAAGACGUCGCCGCACCAGUGGAGAUUGUGAUGGGUAAGAUGCGCUGCCUGCACGCCCUGGGUGAGUGGGAUACCUUGGGUCAACUGGCCAGCGACACCUGGGCGAACUCGUCGCCAGAGGUCCAGCGUCGGAUCGCUCCUCUGGCGACUACAGCUGCCUGGGGUCUUGGCAAAUGGGAUGCCAUGGACAAUUAUCUGCAGUCCCUCAAGCGAUUCUCGCCCGAUAGGGCCUUCUUUGGCGCAAUCCUGGCACUCCAUCGCAACCAGUUCAGAGAAGCUGCCCAGAACAUCGAGAACGCCCGAGAAGGCCUUGAUACGGAGCUGAGCGCCUUGGUCAGCGAGUCAUACAACCGGGCGUAUCAGGUUAUUGUUCGAGUGCAGAUGCUGGCAGAGCUGGAGGAACUCAUUGUCUACAAACAGACGGACGAGAAGAAGCAGGCCACGCUGCGUCGCACAUGGGAGCAACGCCUCAAGGGGUGCCAGCGCUACGUCGACGUCUGGCAGAGGAUGCUCCGACUCCGGUCUCUGGUGAUGACGCCCAAGGAGAACAUGCAGAUGUGGAUCAAGUUUGCAAACUUGUGUCGCAAGUCAGGGCGGAUGGGAAUUGCCGAGAAGUCGCUCAAGCAGCUGAUUGGCAGCGAUGCGCCCCUGGACACCAUGAUCCCCUUCUGGAAUGAACGAAGUACGACACGGGCCACAGUGCCCAGCCAGGUCGUCUAUGCUGUCCUGAAAUACCAAUGGGAACUUGGCCAGCAGCCGGCCCACAGGGCUUCGGAUAUUUCGGAGAAAGCGCUCCGGUGCCUGUGUCUGUUCACUGCAGAAUCGGCCAAGUCGUUCGACUACGCUCGCCAAGCAACCCAGCAGCAUGCGGCGAACGGCGGCGACGCGGCCUUCCUGAACCAGGCGUACGGUUACGCAGACCAUGCCAAUCAUGAGUCCUUCCAAGCCAACUAUCCGCCCAGGAUGUCGGUGGACGAUGCUGUCCUCCUGGCCAAGUGCUACCUGCGCCAGGGCGAGUGGAUGAUCGCACUGCACAAGGAUGACUGGCAGCAUACGCACGUCCGGGAUAUUCUGACGUGCUACUCGCAAGCCACCAAAUACAACUCACGGUGGUACAAGGCAUGGCAUGCUUGGGCCUUGGCCAACUUCGAGGUUGUCCAGUCCAUCGCGGCCCGCAGCGAAGGGGCUCCGGCGCGCAUCGACCACAACGUUGUCGCCAACCACGUGGUCCCAGCUGUCCACGGCUUCUUUGAGUCCAUCUCGCUGUCUCAGGGAAGCUCUCUGCAGGACACCCUACGCCUGCUGACGCUGUGGCUCACGCACGGCGGGUAUUCUGAGGUCAAUGCUGCUGUCACGGAGGGCUUCACGCGCGUGAGCGUCGACACCUGGCUCGAGGUGAUCCCGCAGCUGAUUGCGCGCAUCAACCAGCCAAACAAGCGCGUACAGCAGUCCGUACACCACCUCCUGGCGGACGUUGGGAGAGCACACCCUCAGGCUCUUGUGUACCCACUCACUGUGGCGAUGAAGUCCUGGCAGGGCAGCCGUCGGUCGCGGUCUGCAGCGCAGAUCAUGGACAGCAUGCGCCAGCACAGUGCCAAGCUGGUCGAGCAGGCAGAACUGGUCAGUCACGAGCUGAUCCGCGUCGCCGUGCUGUGGCAUGAGCUGUGGCACGAAGGUCUAGAGGAAGCGUCGCGCCUUUAUUUCGUCGUCCAUAACAUCGAGGGCAUGUUUGCGGCCCUUGAGCCCCUCCACGCAUUCUUGGACCGGGGCCCGGAGACACUCAGGGAGAUCUCGUUCGUGCAGACGUUUGGGCGCGAUCUCACCGAAGCGAGGGAGUGGUGUCGACAGUACGAAGUCAGUCAUGAUUUGAAUGAUCUGAACCAAGCCUGGGAUUUAUACUACCAAGUCUAUCGGCGCAUCUAUAGGCAGCUGCCGCAGAUGACAUCCCUCGAGCUUACGUACUGCUCACCGAAGCUGCUGGAGGCCAGAGAUCUGGACCUCGCAGUACCGGGCACAUACCGCAGCGGUCAUCCGAUCGUGCGGAUCAUGUCUUUUGACUCGACCUUUACCGUCAUCAGCAGCAAGCAGCGGCCGCGCAAGCUGAUCAUCAACGGAAGCGACGGCGUGCCCUACACGUUCCUGCUCAAGGGCCACGAGGAUAUCCGACAGGAUGAGCGUGUGAUGCAGCUGUUUGGUCUCUGCAACACUCUCCUCGCCAAUGACUCCGAGUGCUACAAGCGUCACCUGAACAUACAGAGAUACCCGGCGAUCCCGCUCAGCCACAGCUCUGGUCUGCUGGGCUGGGUGCCCAACAGCGACACGGUGCACAUGCUGAUCAGGGAGUACCGGGAGAGCCGGAAGAUCCUCCUCAACAUCGAACACCGCAUCAUGCUGCAGAUGGCGCCUGACUAUGAUAACCUGACGCUCAUGCAAAAGGUCGAGGUGUUUGGAUAUGCGCUCGACAACACCACGGGUCAGGACCUGUACCGUGUGCUGUGGUUGAAGAGCAAGAGCUCCGAGGCGUGGCUGGAGCGGCGCACCAACUACACGCGCAGCCUGGGCGUGAUGAGUAUGGUGGGCUACAUCCUCGGCCUGGGCGAUCGUCACCCGUCGAACUUGAUGCUGGAUCGAAUCACGGGCAAGAUCAUUCACAUUGAUUUUGGUGACUGCUUCGAGGUAGCCAUGAAGCGGGAGAAGUACCCGGAGCGGGUGCCGUUCCGUCUCACGCGCAUGCUCACCUACGCAAUGGAGGUGUCCAACAUCGAGGGCAGCUUCCGCAUCACGUGCGAGCACGUCAUGAGGGUGCUCAGGGACAACAAGGAGAGCGUCAUGGCGGUUCUGGAAGCCUUCAUCCACGACCCUCUCCUGACGUGGCGUCUGACCAACGCUGCCAGCCCGGCUGGACCAAACUUCGAAUCAGUCAGAGAAGCAGACCUCGUUGGGCCACAAGCCAAUAGGGGACGGCGCGCAUCUAUUCUCGAUGCUGAUCCGGCGGCCCUCCGCGCGGCACAGGCAGCUGUGGGCAACGCGGCUGAGGCGGCGGCGGCAAUGCCGGGCGGACCUCCAGGGGCCAGGCUGCGGGCGCGCACCAACUCGUCUGCUGGUCUGCCGGGCAGUCUCGACAUGAACGGAGCCAACGGCAUCAAUGGGCAGCAGAACCAAGACCCGGCGGAGAUGCAGAAUGCUCGUGCGCUGGAGGUCCUGGACCGGGUGUCGCAGAAGCUGACGGGCAGAGACUUCAAGGCGGGCGAGGAGCUGGAUGUUUUGACGCAGGUGGACAAGCUCAUUGUCGAGGCAACCAAGCUCGAGAACCUUUGCCAGCACUACAUUGGUUGGUGCAGUUUCUGGUGA